AUGUUUUCUCAGUACAAUGUAUCCAAGACAGACAUAAGACGGCAUUAUGUCGUCAACCUACUCACCGGUGAUCGACACGAAGACCUUCUACAAGACGCCUUGGGGCUGCUAUAUUUGGGUCCGGCCGACAAUCGACCAGACAAUCACGUCAUGAAAUACAUCAUCAGGCAGUGGAACUCAAAAGCGUUACCCAAUCCUUUUGAGGGAAAGCAUCAGGAUACCAUUGCCGAGCUUUAUAAACUCUUCUCUUCCAUAACUAUGUUUGUUGAGGACUACAUCAGCAAAGCCACUUCCUCAAACCCGCCUCAAGCCUACCUUUGUCUUCCUCAGAUCGCCAACCCAAAUAGAGGGCUUUAUUACAAGGAACACAGCUUUAGUCCAAGACAGAUCACCUUAGAUGACUUGAUGUCAUCAGAACGUCAUUUUCUUCUAUGGGCAUUUAUUAAAUACGAGAUGCUCUGCAAGGUUCAAGGAUCUAAAGCUGCGUCAUCGAUGGAAUUUAACGAAUAUAGUGCUAUUGCUAAGAAAGCAAGCCAUGAACUCACUUCUUUCGAGAAUGAAGCACUUGAUUGCAUUCGUGAGUAUGUCGAUGCUGUAUAUGGGGCUCUUUAUACAGUUUCUACACGAUGCUCAACCAGACAUGCUUCCAGUGCUUUACCAGACAAGCCCACCAGCCAGAUACGCCUGUUAUACCCAGACAGUCUUUAUUUCAGCGCAUUUAAAGCCUGGGAGGAUAUGGACCUGCCAUCAACAUGUUUACCUGCAAUGAUAGGAUUUGCUUAUAAGUUCCCAGAACUCGGUUUCGAUCUACUGAGAAAUAUAGUACUCUUUGCAAACGGGACACAGCCCGAGUAUAUGCGGAGUUGGUUUUAUACCAUACUUUCCCCUUUUGCGAGGUCGCAGCGUCUAACUUUUCGCCAUUAUCGCCUGACUUUCUGCAGCGGAAUCUGGACAGGCCAUCUUAAUCAUCAAGAUGAUUCGCCGAGAUCUUUCUUAAUGCGGAGACUAUGUCCUACUCAUCCACCCUUAUCGAUUACACAGUGCCAAAUAUUUAGACAACGAGCGUGGGUUUUUCUCGAUGAUACUCGAGUUUCCAGGAUGGGCCUUAGCCACUUCCCUACAAUCGAGGAGCUUGAAAAUCAAAGAAGCGCUGCGUCUGGAACUGAAACCAUGCUUGAGGAGGAGAGACAACGACUACGUCUUUUGCAACUUUGCCAGUAUCGAAGAGAGGCGGGGAUCGAAGAAACCCAAAGCGAAGGAUGGGAAUAUUUGUUCAGCGCAAAUGGUGAGGAUUCCAUUCCUCGCUUCUUUGAUCCACCAGGCAAUAGGGGUGUGACAACAUUUUGGGAAUACCUCUGA